AUUCUUAGACCGUUUUCGCUCCUCCUUUCCCCUCACCGAUUUGCUUACCUCGCAAACUCGCAGUGUGUUUUGGCAGUGCGCUUUGAGCUUGUGCUCCACAGCUUCUCUCUUCUCUUGUGCUCACCCUCUCCUUCCCCCCCCCCUCACUUCCACCUGGCCUUCCUUGCGCUCACGUCUUUUUUCAGCCCAAACAGGCAACGCUGCGACUCGUUCCUGCCGCUGCAUUGGCUCGCUAACAGGCUGGCUAGCUGGAAACGCUGCAGUUUGCCAAUACGUUCAAGACGGGAGGGAGAAUAGAGAAACAUUACCGCGUUGUCAGGUCAGUACACAAGCUUUGAGGAGGUUCUCUGAAACCCCUCAUGUCGGCGAUCCCGGAGCAGCCGGCCGUGGAGGCUCUCAAUGACCAGCUUCAAAGCAUACAGCUCGAUGGCUCUCGGCACGCUGCGAAUGGUAAACAUUCAAAUCGGCCAUACGUUCAACUCCGGCCUCAUCCCGCUCAGCUCCAACCCCCGCCCCCGCCCCAGCCCCAGUCACAGGCCUACCAGCCGUAUGCACAAGCAUACACGCCUUACCCCCAACAUUACCAUCAAGCUCCUUACACUACCUACCUUACUUAUUCGCCUUACCCAAACCAUCUCGCAUGGCGGCCUCUCCCGGGGUCGGAACAGACGUCGCCUAUCGACCCUACCAACCAACAUCAUCAUCAGCACCAGCAUUAUGGUCUAUGGGGCAGUCCGCCGGUGAGCCCGGUGAAUGCACCACCACCCCAGUUUUUGACAGGGCAGUCACGUACGGCCAUGUUCGAUGAUUUCGGAGUUGGAGGGGCUGUCUCGGGGGCUGGUACGGCGUAUUACGGCGGCAGACCGCCGUACGGUAGUCCUCCCUCUGUAUGGCAGUCACCCACGGCGCCGUCAUCCUUCUUCUAUACGCCUUUCCAGCAACAUGCUUCCGGUAUGGGACCGGCCAUGCAAGUUUCGGACUGGUCGACGUUCAAGGCUCACGUCAAUUUACCGGGACCAUCGAAAUCGGGGCCGAUCAGUCCAACGGAUAGUAAAGAGCCAGAGAGAAAGUCGUAUCACCCUCAACCGCCUUCAAAGAGAAGCGAUUGGGUCAUGUGGGUCGGUAAUGUCCCCAAUAACACUUCUCACGAAGAGCUCUGGCAUUUCUUCAACGUGACGAUCCCCAUCACCAACACCGAAUCCGACGCCGAACCAUGGCGUGGACCGUCUUCCAUCUUUCUCAUAUCCCGCUCAUCCUGCGCAUUCGUCAACCUCUCCUCUCAAACCGACCUCGAACGCGCCGUCUCCUUUUUUAACGGUAAGCCCCUCCGACCAUGGGACGCCCGUUGCCCCAGGAUGGUCUGCCGCGUGAGACGGAAAGAUGAUGAUUUGAGAUCCGGCGUGGGAGCCCAGCGCGGGACGGGAAUGCAUCGACAAUGGGUGAAGAAGGAUAAGGAAAGGGAAAAGGAAAAGGAGGAGGGUAAGACGGGGCAGAUGAGUGCAGCCACAGUUUCGUCCGGACCGCCUAGCCCGGCUAUCCUGGCGCCAGCACCGGAUGGGCCGGGGAGGAGGAGGGACUCGAUUGUAAGUGAGGAAGAGAAAAAGUUUUCGUCAGGGAGUUAUGCGAGUACAAAUUCGAGUUUCUUGAUGAGACAUUUCCCGAGAAGAGUUUUCAUUUUGAAGAGUCUCACUACGGCUGAGCUCGAGGAGAGUGUGAGGACUGGUAUGUGGAGAACGCAACAGCACAAUGAACCUAUAUUGGACCAAGCAUUCAGGACAUCCCAAUCGGUCUUUCUAAUCUUUGGCGCCAACCGAGCCGGUGAAUUCUUUGGGUACGCACGUAUGAUCGAGCCUAUCGACAAGGAACAAGCCAAACACCGCCAAUCCUCAGCUGGCACCGCUUCCCGCCGUUCAACCACCGGUGAUUCCGACCGUUUCUUCCUGCCCCCUUAUCACAGCCGCGUAACCACCAUGUCCCCCGGCGAACUCGCUACUCCUCGCGAAGACUCGUAUUUCCACGUUUCCACAGGUCACCGAAAGACUGAUCCGCCGAAAAUGCCAAAUCAUGCGGCUCCGAAUAGCUCCAUGGCGGAGAUCCUCGCUACGGCUGAAGAGCAGAGAGCGCAUACGUUUGAUCCCAAGACGUUACAAAGGGAUUAUGAAUACCCAUCUGUAACUCUUACUUUGGCUGAAGCUGAAACGGGUGUUACUUCCUCUUCAGAGAAGAGCAGUCAGCAAGCCUCGCCUGAACUUGGACCGGCGUCGCAAGAGCCGCAAAAGAUGGACGACCAAGGUAUCUUGAGAAAAGAUACAUUACCCCCUCCUUCUCCUCCAGAGCAAGAUGUGGAAAAGUUACAGCAAGCUGAACAGGAAACUUCAAAGGAGUUGUCCAACGAAGGAUGGGGACAUUAUUUCCGUAUCGAAUGGAUAAGGCAUACACCAUUACCUUUUAAUCGUACCCGUCAUUUGCGUAACCCUUGGAAUGCGGAUAGGGAAGUUAAAGUCUCAAGAGACGGUACAGAAGUUGAACCCUCUGUCGGUCUUCAGCUCAUGGCCGAAUGGGAUAACGAGUGAUAUCGUACCCCACCUUUCCCUACUUCACCUCAAUAGUCAUGCGCCUCCAUUAGUAUUACCCGAACAAUUCCUUGAAAACAAAAACGCAUAACAAACGAUUACUUAUAUACACGGUACAAGGUCGUUUAUUUUGACGGACUGCAUUCAAUAAACUCAUGAUAACAUUGACAUUGCAUAAACCAUUUAUUUCGUUCUCUUUUUUUGCGGCAUUAUAUGGGUUUUGCACGCCCCUUGGUUAUUUGGAUAUAAUACACGUAUGCAUCCUCUACAUACAAACUC